AUGUUCACUCGACGUGUUCUUCAAUACGCUGCUCGUCGUUCUAUUUCUACUUCUCCUACUAAAGAAGCAUUUCUUGAACAUGUAGAAGGCGGUAUUUCUGUUCUGAAUUUAAAUCGUCCAUCAUCCCGAAAUGCAUUGUCUGUGAAUUUGGUUAAUGAAUUUAGAGAAGCCUUGACGAGUGUUCGAUUUUCAAAUGAGUCUCGUGUAUUGAUUAUCAAAAGUGCUGUUCCUGGCGCUUUUUGUUCUGGUGCAGAUUUGAAGGAACGCGCUACCAUGACUCCUUUACAAGUGACUCAAUUUUUAUAUAACUUGAGGCAGGCUUAUAGAGAACUAGAGACACUCCCAAUUCCAACAAUUGCAGCUAUUGAUGGUCCUGCUUUUGGUGGUGGAUUAGAAAUGACAUUGUCUUGCGAUCUCCGUAUAGCAGGUCCUAAUGCUAAGAUGGGGUUGACCGAAACAAAGUUGGCCAUCAUUCCAGGUGCAGGAGGAACUCAAAGACUGCCUCGACUUAUUGGCAUUCCUAAAGCCAAGGAAUUGAUCUUUACAGGUGAAAUCAUGGAUGCUAACAAAGCAAAAGAAUAUGGCGUGGUCAAUCAUUCUGCAGAAGAUAGCGCAUUUGAAAAAUCAAUGGAGAUUGCCAAAUCUAUUUUGCCUCAAGGCCCUAUUGCUAUUAAGAUGGCCAAAUUAGCUAUUGAUCGUGGUGCGCACUUGGACAUGGAUUCUGGAUUAGAAGUAGAGCAGUCUUAUUAUGCUCAGGUGAUCCCAACCGAAGACAGGUUAGAAGGUCUCAAAGCCUUCAAAGAAAAAAGAAACCCCGUAUAUAAGGGGCGUUAA